GUCUCUAAUCUCUGCAACAGCCGUGUGCUUCCCACAGCAGCUCAAGGUUGGGCUGAUUUUGACCGUGGCUUUGGAUUUUUCGCCCCCAAUCGCCGGCAGGAAAGAUGUCACUGCCUCCCUCGCAAUGGAAGCCCUAGAGGAAAAAGUGGCUUCAGUGCUCGAGCUUGAGAUCUUGGUAUAAAGGAGGUGCACAAAAAUGAAGACGCUGAUGCGACAUGGAUUGGCUGUGUUUUUAGCGCUCACCACCAUGUGCACUAGCUUGUUGCUCAUGUACGGCAGCAUCGGUGGAGGAGGAGGAGGGGGCGGCGGCAGUGGAGGCGGCGGCGGCCGGAAGGAGCAAAGCCAGCAGCAGCAGGUGGCGGUGACAGCCAGCCAAAAACCGGAGAGCCAGCAGCCACCGGACAGCAGCGGCCCCCGACGCCUCCCGGGCCUCUCCUCUCCGCCCUUGGAAGGCUACAUCAGUGUCCUGGACCACAAGCCUUUGAAAAUGCACUGUACAAGCUGUGCCCUGGUAACAAGCUCUGGACACCUUUUGCGAAGCCAACAAAGUGACAAGAUUGACCAGACGGAAUGUGUAAUACGAAUGAAUGAUGCACCCACACGGGGAUUUGGAAAAGAUGUUGGAAACAAGACAAGCCUGCGAGUCAUAGCUCACUCCAGUAUCCAGAGAAUUUUGCGAAAUCGCAAUGAACUGUUAAAUACAAGCCAAGGGACAGUAUUCAUCUUCUGGGGUCCUAGCAGCUACAUGAGGAGAGAUGGGAAAGGAUUAGUUUAUAAUAAUCUGCAACUGAUGAAUCAGAUACUACCUCAAUUAAAAGUAUACAUGAUAUCUCGUCACAAGAUGCUUCAGUUUGAUGAGCUGUUCAAACGCGAAACUGGAAAAGACAGGAAGAUAUCCAACACUUGGCUUAGCACUGGAUGGUUCACAAUGAGUAUUGCAUUAGAGCUAUGCGACAGGAUAGACGUCUAUGGGAUGGUGCCACCAGAUUUCUGCAGGGAUCCUAAUCAUCCUUCAGUACCUUAUCAUUAUUAUGAACCUCUGGGACCUGAUGAAUGUACAAUGUACAUUUCACAUGAACGGGGAAGAAAGGGCAGUCAUCAUCGUUUUAUCACAGAAAAACGAGUAUUUGAGAACUGGGCUCGAACAUUCAAUAUUCAUUUUUUUCAACCAGACUGGAAACCAGAAUCGCUUACUAUAAAUCACGCUAAGAUUAAACUGGUAUUCUGAAGAAUGAACGCACAAGGCUGCAAUCACAAUCACCUACAGUAUCAGGCUUCAGGGGAUUGAACAUCAUAUCACAGCAAGCCAACCUAAAAGGGAAAGGUUAACAGGGUUUGUGGAUGAAAACUGCUACAAUAUUCAGGAAGUUAUUGCAAAGGAAUACUUUAAAAGUACAUUUUGUAUCCGAUUUAUCUUAUUCAAAUAUUGUAACUUCUGUCCAUCAACCUCACAUAUGUGUGUAUGUGAUUUGUUCAAAAGAAGAAAAAGCUGAAGAAACGUGUGGUAUAAUGAACACAAUUAAAGAUAUUUAAUUCGUUAUGUUUCUAAGGCACAUUGCCACUGGGUUUUCAUAGUGACAUUUAACAGUUACUUGCUUAGUGGAAGUUUUUAAUGCAAUCUGGUAUUUUUCUAUUUCACAAUGAUAUGAUUAUUUAUCUUUCAUAAUCCCUGCAAAACUGAGGAUUUAUAUUGCUGCUGGUUUAAGGCCCAGCUUCUUGUUUAUACAUUUUCUCUUUGAAAUACAGGAUGAUUCUAUCUAGCAUGUAAUUAAUAUUUGAUCUGGGAGCAAUGUAUUUUAUUUAUUUUUCGUUCUUGGGCUGCUUUCCAACAUAGGUUUGACAGCAAGCACAUCCUUAUGUGAAGCCCUAGAAGAGAGUGAUGCCUACAGAUAUAAUAGAUGGCAUCAAACACACAAUUGACUUUCUAGACCCCAGCUGUUGUUUUUAGUCUUUUGGUAUUCCUGAUAACUCAGCUUCCAAACAGCAGCAGUCUGGUCUUGUGUUCUCCCUGCAGCCCUAAGGCCCAUGCAAAAGGUGCCCCAAACCUAUGUUACAUUCCACCAACUAGCAGUGGGUUUUGGUUUGUUGUUUUGGCCAUGAAUUCUAAGCAAAUGUUCAGUUCUUUAUUUAUGUAUGUAUUUUUUUAAUUAAAGGGCAAACUUAGAAGGGUGGCAGAGAAGGCAUGCAGAAACCCGCAGGAAGUGGAAUGAGUUGAGGUAGUGAUGAAAACGAUGGCAGCAAGAUUUGUGAAUACAAGGUUUGUAAAUACGUUUGUGUAUAAUUAAGCAGUAUUUGAGAGAAAGCAAGCAAAGGCAGUUCAUGCCACUAACCAACACCACUUAGGUUUUCAAGUGUAGUAAACAUCAGUGCAGACUGAACCUGUGGCUCGGUUCUCUUGAACAAUGAAUUUUGUGGCCUGACUGGCACAGAUUUGUGAAAUCUGUUGAUCUCUUUGGGAUGCACAAGAGAACAUUUAAUUCUUAUGGAUUGGAGUGAAUGGCACUAAUAGUUCUAUAGAUAGAGACUUGCAAAUUUAUGUUUUUGUGGGAUUAUACCUGGUUUAUGAAUAAAGACAGUUCCAUUUUCA